UUUUUUUAAAUUUUAACAGAAUUUAUUUAAUUAUGAAAUCUUUUAGAAUAUAAAAUAAAUCAUGUACAAGAACUUAGUUUAUUUAUUUCUAAUAGCUGCAACUAUAUCUGUUUACUUCUUGUUUUUCAAAGGAAAAGAUUAUAAUUCUUAUUUGGACUCGAAAAAUCUAAAACAGUAUAAAAAAACAGAAUUUUGGACUUCUAUGAAGAAUUCGAAAGCAUAUCAAAAUGUAAUAGAAAGGGUGGAUAUUGGAUGGAGUUCUCUGUUUUAUGAUUUAUAUUUGUCUAAAGUUUGCAUAUUACAACAUCUUUUGCAACUUUGGCUAUGGCUUUUCACAGUUCGACCAAUUGUGAUUUUGUUUCUUACAAUUGCUACCAUUCACAUUAUUUUAGAAAUGCCUAUAGAGAGAACUCGUGGAUUAUUCAAAGGAAAUUACGGUACAAAAUCUGCAAUUGCAACUUAUCCAUUAAACAAGAAGAAAAGAAAGCCAAAAAAAGAAUCUUUGAAGAAAAAACGAUUAAAUUCAUUAAAUGCUUUUGUAAGAAAAUAUAAUAGAAGUUUCACUAAAGCUUUCAUUGAACUUAAUACAAAAUUUGAUAAACUUAGCAAAACCCUGAAGAAUUACUGUAAAUUUAAUCAGGAACAAAUAACAUUUUUGGAAAGAAGAGUAAGUAAUUUUUAUCUUCAUAAGAUCUAAUUUAUCUAAAAUCCA